AUGACGCUGGCCCACUCCCAGUUCGAAGCCUUCUGUGCCGGGGGCCUGGCCCCUGGCUGGAGCCUGCUGGUACAGGGACAGUCUGACUCCGGAGAGGACAAGUUCGAGAUCGACUUCCUGUCCGAGGCGGGGGACAUCGCCUUCCAUAUCAAGCCUCGUUUCUCCAGCGCCACCAUGGUGGGCAAUACUUGCCAGGGUGGCCGCUGGGGUGAGGAGGAGGUGUCAAGUGUCUUCCCGCUGGCCCUGGGGGAGCCCUUUGAGAUGGAAGUCAGCUCGGACACGGAGCACUUCCAUGUCUACGCCCAGGAGCACAAGGUGCUGCAGUUCCCACACCGCCAGAGGCCACUGGCUGCCAUCACCAGGGUGCGGGUGCUGAGUGACUGCCGCCUGGCCCAGGUGGAGCUGGCCAAGAGGGGCCUGAGCUGGGGGUAA